AUGUUAAAUUCCCAAGUAGUUGCUCCCACAAACUCAUAUUUGGGACAUCGUAAAGCUGUAAUCAUCCAUAGAGAAAAUAAUAGGCGAUUUAUUGCUAUGUGCUUGAACUUGGUUCACUGGCACAAAUUUUUAUUAAGUUUACAUUUAUUUCCAGAAAAACAACAGAGCCUUUUGUCCCAAGCACAUUGGGGCAGGCUAGAGAUGAAACCCCACAAAAACUGUGAGAACCCAAAAGAGAAGACAGAAAGUGCAAACAAGCAAAAUAAAUCAAGGCAGUAA